UUUCUGUUUUGUUGCCCUAAGCCAUCUUCCACGCCGAAACUGCAGUGGAACGCGUGACGCGUCCAAACCGCCGCCUCAUCUUCGACUUCGUCUUCCUCCCCUGCCGCCGCACUCCACAGCAAGCUACGAAGCUCAAGCCACAAAAUCCCAAGCGACGCCGCGCUUGACAGCUGAAGAUGAGCAUCCAUGGAGACGGCGCCGGCGACUACGAGUCUGACGAAGAAGGAGAGGUGUUCUUGGACGAGGAUGAUAUUAUCCAGGAGAUCGCCAUUGACGAGGAAGAUCUUCCCGACCGGGAUGAAGAGGUGGGCUCGGACGGUGGUAUGGUAGAAGAAGCUGAUGAUUCUGUGUUUGUCUUCAGGGGCCAUUCAGACGAAAUAUAUACUGUUUCAUGCAGUCCAACAGAUGCAUCUCUUGUUGCUACUGGAGGUAAAGAUGAUAGAGGAUUUUUCUGGAAAAUUGGUUCAGUGGAUAGCAGUCUAGAGCUCCGAGGACAUCAAGAUACUGUUUCUACUGUGGCAUUCAGUUUUGAUGGACAAUUACUUGCAACUGGAAGCUUUGAUGGGCAUGUUCAUAUAUGGGACACUAGUUCAGGUAGUCUUAAGUUUACACUUGAAGGUUCUGGAGAAGGCUUUGAGUGGCUUAAGUGGCACCCAAGAGGGCACUUGCUAAUAGCUGGUUCAGAAGAUGCAAAUGUGUGGAUGUGGAAUGCUGACAAAGGUGUCUGUCUCAAUACAUUUUCUGGUCAUGGAAGCACUGUCACGUGUGGUGAUUUCACUCCUGAUGGUAAGAUCAUUUGUACUGGUUCUGAUGAUGCAUCACUGAGGAUAUGGAACCCUAAGACUGGAGAGUGUUUCCAUGUUGUUAAAGGGCAUCCAUACCACACUGAUGGAUUGACAUGCUUAUCAAUAACCUCUGAUUCUACUAUUGCAAUCACGGGCUCAAAGGAUGGCUCUGUUCACUUGGUGAACAUAACAGUAGGACGGGUAAUCAGCUCAUUAAGUUCUCACACGGCCUCUGUGGAGUGCAUUGGGCUUAAACCAAAUGCACUUUGGGCGACAACAGGUGGGAUGGAUCAGAAGCUCAUUAUAUGGGAUCUGCAAAGCUCUUCAGUGCGAUGCACAUGUGAUCACGAGGAAGGAGUGACGAGCCUCACAUGGUUGGGCACAUCUCAGUAUGUUGCAUCUGGUUGUGUCGAUGGAAAGGUGCGAAUCUGGGACAGUCUUUCAGGUGGCUGUGCCAGAACCUUCAGUGGCCACGCAGAUACCAUCCAAUCUCUUGCUAUUUCUGCCGACGGGAACUCCCUCGUCUCGGUUUCAGACGAUGGCACAGCCCGCGUUUUCUCAAUCUCAGAGUUCAAAUAGAAGUUUUCAAUAUAUGGCUCGUGCUUUCCAUAGUGUAAAAUAUUUGAAUGCAAGCUUUUUAAAGGUACUGAUGAUACAACAACAUAAUGUUGGAGCUGAAUUCGAUCGACCUUAUUUAUAGCUCGAGUGUCCAUGGUUGUAGAGCAAACAAGGAGGGGAGUAUCAAAAGAUUGUUUCGCAUUAUAUGAAAUUUCAUUCAAUAUGUAUGCCUUCCAAUGUGCAAUUAUCAUAUAUUUAUUUGAACUACUACUUGUUGGAUUGAUGGACAAAUCUCAUUUAUUAUCUUAAUCUCUCA